AUGCUAACAUGCUUGAAAUGGACUACCUUGAAUUCAUCAAGUUCACUCAACUCAUCAAAGACAAACCAAUUAUUUGUGACAAUCGAAAUGAUAAAAGAAGCGCCAACACAAGGGAUAUGCUUCAUUUUUAAGAAGUCGCUCAUUUCAUCAUUGAAACUCAAGGAUGUAUGGAAGCAUGUGAAGUGGCACAAUAAAAAGGCAAAUGAGAAAUCACAACACUACAACGCUAAUCAAGUUUAUGUAAUGGACAACACAUCUUGUCCUACGAAAAUGCAAGACAAAAAGGGAAAAAGCAUAGUGAAUUGCUCUGAGACUUACCAAGAUCAAGAGGUAGGUUCUUUAAUAGAAAAAGAUGAGGCAAAAAGGUUUAAGAGAUUCAAAAGUACUAAUGAGGAGGCGCAAGUUAAAUGUAGUGGUCCUUCAGAAAAAGAGGAGGAUCAUUCUUUGCUUUCGAAAAUAAGUACAGAAAGACCAGAAAAGAAAAGACGAAACCUGAAAUGGACAGCAGAGCUUGAUAAGAAAUUAGACGAGGUAGUUCGCGAGCUAGGAGACAAAGGUAAGUGUUUAAAGACUUUGUUUUUAUCCCGGCAGAGAGAAAUAGAAAAAAUAAGAAUGUUGGUUAAGGAAAAUCUUAAGUAG